ACCGGGCGAUGGCGUUCUGGGGAGGCGCAGGGGAAGGUCAGGCGAGAGCCAGCCCCCCUGGGAGGGGCCAGCAGUUCGCCGAAGCCUCCUGGGUUUCUGUGAACUUUGUUGCAUUUCUGGUCCAGGGGACCGAGGAGGAAGUUCUUAGGAGUCCCCGGGAGCGCCAGGUGCGGGGUCGGUGCUUUGUCCCUGGUCCCUGCGGGGUCCCUGGCCCCCCAGUCCAUCGCCUGCCUUGCCCCGGCCCGGGACUUAGCGGGAGAAGCGCCCUCUGCGCGUAGGUCAGGUCCUGUUUUGGAGCGAGCCGGGGAAGGGAGCGGCCAGGAACCCGGAGGGCGUUGGCAGGACUGCGCCCUCUCGCCCCCGCCCGGGAACCGGCGCCUCAAGUCCUGCCUCCCGGGCUGGUCCAGGCACUCGCUCGGGAUCCGAGGCUCCGCGCGGGAACGCCAUCCAUGGCUGCGCUGCGCUGCGUGAGGCUGACGCGGACGCUGCUGGGGACACGGGUGGCGGAGCGCUCCCUCUGCCCACCCCUGGCCAGAGCCAAGGCCGCGAUCCCUGCCUCGCUCCCCGCGGACCAGGCACCCCAGGCUCCCGGAGCCGGGCCUGGCGACCCGCGGCGCCUGCGGAAACUGGAAGAGAUCCCAAGGCAAGGGCAGCUGUUAUUCCUCUUCCGCCUGUUCGUGCAAGGCUACGUCCUGAACUUUCACCUGCUGCAGGUGCUGAACAAGGCCAAGUAUGGUCCAAUGUGGCUAACCAGCCUAGGGCCUCAGAAUCUCGUGAACCUGGCCAGUGCCCCACUCCUGGAGCAGGUGAUGCGGCAAGAGGAAAAGUACCCAACACGGGACUACAUGGAGCUGUGGAAGGAGCACCGGAUCCAGCGGGGCCUGACCUACGGGCCCUUCACUAUGCAAGGAGAGCAAUGGUACCGGCUGCGCCAGGCUCUGAACCAGCGGAUGUUGAAGCCCGCUGAGGCCGCACUCUACACCGAUGCUCUCAAUGAGGUGAUCGAUGACUUUGUGGUUCACCUGGACCGGAUGCGGGCAGAAAGUGCCUCCGGGGACAAGGUGGCUGACGUGGCUGACCUCCUCUACUCCUUUGCCUUGGAAGCUAUUAGCUACAUCUUGUUCGAGAAGCGCAUUGGCUGCUUGGAGCCAUCCAUCCCUGAGGACACUGUGACCUUCAUCAGAUCUGUUGGGCUCAUGUUUCGGAGCUCCGUGUACCUCAGCUUCCUCCCCAAGUGGACCCGUUCUCUGCUGCCUUUCUGGAAGCGAUACCUGGAUAGCUGGGACGCCAUCUUCUCCUUUGCGAAGAAGCUGGUUGAUCAGAAACUCAAGGAGAUAGAAACCCAGCUGCAGGCAGCGGGGCCAGAUGGGGUCCAGGUGUCCGGCUACCUGCACUUCCUGCUGGCCAGCAGACAGCUCAGUCCUGUUUUUGUGAUGGGCAGCCUGCCUGAGCUGCUCCUGGCUGGAGUGGACACGACAUCCAACACACUGACAUGGGCCCUGUACUACAUUUCAAAGAACCCAGAGAUCCAGGAGGCCUUGCAUGAAGAGGUGGUGGGUGUGGUGCCGGCCGGGCAGGUGCCCAAGUAUAAGGACUUUGCCCACAUGCCCUUGCUCAAAGCUGUGCUUAAAGAGACCCUACGCCUCUUCCCUGUGGUUCCCACAAACUCCCGGGUCAUCAUGGGAAAAGAAAUUGAAGUUGAUGGCUUCCUCUUCCCCAAGAACACCCAGUUUGUGUUCUGCCACUACGUGGUGUCCCGGGAUCCCAGCGUCUUCCCUGAGCCUGAGAGCUUCCAGCCCCAGCGCUGGCUGCGGAAGAACCAGACUGAUACUCCCAGGGUCCAACACCCUUUUGGCUCUGUGCCCUUUGGCUACGGGGUGCGGGCCUGCCUGGGCCGCAGGAUCGCAGAGCUGGAGAUGCAGCUGAUGCUGGCAAGGCUGAUCCAGAAGUACCGGGUGGGCCUGGCCCCGGAGACAGGCGAGGUGAAGAGUAUGUCCCGCAUCGUCCUGGUACCCAGCAAGAAGGUGGGCCUGCAUUUCCUGCAGAGAUAGUGCCGAGACAUGGGCCUCUGGCUUCCUGGGGCAGGUCCCAGAGGCUCUAGCCGGGGCACCGUGGGUCCUAGCCACUGCUGCGUCUCAGUUGAGAAGAGCGAGAAGGAGGCAGCGGGACUCAGAAGUUGGAGGAACUCAGUGCAUUUCCCAGAGCACCUGGAGCUUUUGCCACUUUUAUCAUUUUGAGCAGCUCCCUCUGAUAAAAAUCACCCCUUGGCUCUUGUUAAUUA